CACCUACUCACUUGUGGCCAAGAUUUGCACAGUGAAAACAUUUCUAGCAGUUGCAAGUGUUAGACACUGGAUUUUGGAACAGUUUGAUGUCUCUAAUGCUUUCUUACAUGGAGACUUGGAUGAAGUGGUUUAUAUGGACCUACAUCUUGGGUUAAAAUUUCCCUCAGGUAGUAACUUAAAGAUGACUUGCAGUUUGAAGAAGUCAUUGUAUGGUGACUCGGUGAAACACAACUCCUUACAAUGGCCAAGUGUAACCAAUGAAAGAGACUGCAGUAUAAUGACACAAGUAAUAAAUAUAGAAUCCACGGGUAUCUAGAGUUACUAUUUCUCAGCUUCAGUUCAUUAUCUAGAAAACUAGAUUAAGGAUUUAUUUACUAAACUACUCUACUAACUACUCUAAUAAUUAUAGGUUGGGAACUGACUUAGGUAUGAUUUCCCCUAGCUCCUCAAUUAGGUCCAAGUUGUAAUUCCUUUUGGUUGUUUUACUGUUGAUUAUACUGCAGAAGAUCCUAAAUUAGCUUGGAAUCUCUCAAGCUGACCAAGCCCUCUUAGACAGAAUACUCGGCAGGCGACUAGCCUUCACCGGGAUAGACUGCUAAGGCGAUUCACACAGAUCUCCACUACUCGAAUGAAUUCCAGUACAAAGAAAUGAAUCGACUGACUCUCGCACAACCAAUUCACUACUAUCAAUCAAGGAAGCUCUCUUAACCUAAUCAGAUUCUAUCUAUCAUGGGUUAAAGCAGAAAUCAAGAGAAUUUGAUUAGGAUUUAAUUGACGCAAUAAAUCAUGCCUCAAUCAAUUAUAAUCACACAAUAUAGCAUCCAAAAUUCAUACAAGAAAGAUCAUAACACAUGGAACUAGGGUUUCUCAAAACCUAAGUGAAGGGAAGUUACUACAUAGAGAAGAGAGAGAAUGCAUAAAUCUGAUCUAGAUCUUCAAUCUCCAUCUCCAAGCUUGAUUCUCGAGCUCCAAUGGUAAAGAAAUCCUCCAAAAUAGCUCCAAGAAUGAUCCCAAGUUGCUCUCUCUCUCUAGGGUUCGUCCCUUGGGUGUUUGGGAUCCAAAACCCAGCUCUCCCUCUCCAAAAAUCGCAAAACAGCCUUUAUAGCCGAAGCUGGAAUUUUGCACCACCAGAGACUCAGUUGUGCAGCUUCUCGCAGAAUUCAUCAUGGCCAGAGACUCGACUGUGCAUGUUCGUGCAACUUUCACGGCCGUGCAUCUUCUCAGACUAGCCAUGCAACUUCAUCAGCUCUUCAUUGCUCGUCCCGUCUUUGAUGUUUGGGUCCUUUCUCCCUCAUCCGAACUCUGAAUCAGUCGAUGUUUGAUCCCAGACGCUCGUAGUCUCGUCCUAUUUCUUUUCAUACAUAGAUUACCUGAUUAUUUGUUCAUAAAAUGAGGUAUAAAUCCAUUCUUCCUUGGGUCAUGCCCGAGUUUCUUCUCCCGAGUCGCCAAUUGAUCUCCGAUUGACUUGAAACUUGUGCCUAUGCUUCACUUUGCAUGCUAGGACCUGAAAUGUGAAAAAUGAACAAAAUCUAGCAUAAAAUAGGCCAAAGUAUGAUAAAUACCAAGCUAAAAAAUCAAGAAAUGAUGGGUAAAAACAUGUGCAAAUUCAGUGUCAUCAUAUGGCCUCAAGUAGGCAUCUAGACAGUGGUUUGCUAAGUUGACAGGCUUCAUGCUGAAGUUUGGAUUCUCACAAUCAGCAUUAGACUACUCUCUCUUUACCAACUGGACCAUGGGAAGAUUAUAGUGUUGUGAGUUUAUGUUCAUGAUAUCAUCCUGGGGAGAUUCCAAGAAGGACAUAGAACAAGUAAAGGCUGCAUUGACCAAAGAAUUCAAAAUUAAGCUACUAGGACCUCUUAAAUACUUUCUCGGUUUGGAUGUCAGUAGAACCUUGAAUGUAUUAGAUGUUUGCCAGAGAAAGUAUUGCUUGGAACUAUUGAAGGAUACAAGGCAUUUGGAACCAAAGGGGUGUAAAACACCAAUUGACACUGAGGUUAGGUUGACAUCUAAAGGUACUUUACUGGAAAAUGCAGAAGGUUACAAGAGACUAGUUGGGAGACUCCAUUACCUGACCAUUACAAGGCUAGACACUACAUUUACAGUACAUCAACUAUGCCAGUACCAAAAGACACCAUGUGUGGAGCAUAUGCAAGCAGCCUAUAGGGUGUUGAGAUACAUGAAGCCCUCACCAGAUCAAGAAAUUCACUUUAGAAAUGAAGCAGAACUAACAAUGUCAGGUUACAGUGAUUCAGGUUGGGCAAGUUGCUCUGUUACUCUAAGAUCCAUUACUAGAUAUUGCACUAUGUUUGGCUCCUCUUUAAUUACUUGGAAAACUAAGAAACAUAAUAUUGUCUCGAGGUCAUCUUCAGAAGCAGAGUAUGAAGCCUUCACACUUGGUGUCUGAGGUUGAAUGGUUGAAAAGGCCGUUACAUGAAGCAAGAGAAGAGUCACUCAGGAAUGAGUCCCCCUAGCUCCUUAAUUAGGUUCAAGUUGUAAUUCCCUUUGGUUGAUUCACUGUUGAUUAAACUGUGAAAGAUCCGAAAGUAGCUUGGAAACUCAUAAGCUGACCAAGCCCUCUUAGAUAGACUAUCCGACAGACGACUAGCCUUCACCAGGAUAGAAUGCUAAGGAAACUCACACAGAACUUCACUACUGGAAAUGGAUUCCAGUACAAAGCAGUAAAAUAACUGACUCUCGUACAAUCAAUUCACUCUUAUCGAUUGAAGAAGCUCUAACAACCUAAUCAUAUUCUAUCUAUCACAGGUUGAAGCAGAAAUUAAGAGAAGCUGAUCAAGAUUCAAUUGACAGAAUAAAUACACUUCAAUCGAUUAAAAACCAAGAACUCACUCACCACAUUCGAUGACCCUAAGUAUCUAGAUAUACAUAGUAACCCUAAGCUAGGGGGAGGGAUAGUUCCUCGAAGUACCUGCUUUUAGGUUUGAUCAAUCUCUAGACUAGUGUUUCCUUAUAUCCUUCACUCAAAACCUCAAAAACCGAUUAACUAAUUAGCAAGUAGGAGGGAAGUAGGAAAAGGUACCAGGACCUGAGUAGAAUACGACCUUGAUUACCACUAUACGACAAUGUCGGUCUAGAUUAAACUUGUCCUAGGAUGGGAUAGUUGUUGAUACGUGCUAACCUCUGACAAUAACCUACAUAGAUUCAAGAGAUCAAGUAUUCUAAAAAGUACCGACGGUAUUUUUCAAAGCACGGUCGUGCUUUAGUCCUCACCUGCCCAUAAUUUGCCUUCCUUUAGAAAUCUUCAAGGGCUAGCUCAUCCAUAAAAAUACGAGCUGGAUGUUGCUGAAAUACGGUCGUGCUUUUGGGAAGCUUGACCGUGUUUUUCACCUUAGCCAUCACCAUGCUCGGCCGAAUAAACACAGACAGGCAUCACGAGAAGCACAAUCGUGCUUUUGCAGGGGAUGACGGUAUUUUGUCUCCAGAACUGCCAAAUGAUCUCCAAAUGACGCGAAACUUGCGCUUAUGCCUUCUUCCACCUGCCAGGACCCGAAAUGUGACAAAAUAGAAUAACCUAGCAUAAAAAGGCCAAUGAACCACAAAUUCGAGCCAGAAUAGUUAAAGAACACGGGUGUAAACAUGUGCAAAUACGAUGCUAUCCAAUUCCCCCACACUUAAUCAUUUGCUUGUCCCCAAGCAAACCUGACUCAAACCAAUGCAACUCUCUAGACCUUUACAAGAACCUGCAACCCCGAUCGUCGAUAGAGGACUUCCUAGGCCAUUUAGCAACUUACGAGGUCAACCAAUUUGCUAAGACAUGCCCUAUUUAUCUCAAUGCGAGUACUAUACUAAAACUAGGAUCAUGCG